AUGAUGAAGAACCUCCUCGCGCUCCUCUCGCUGCUCUCCAGCCUCGCGCUGAGCGCUGCCAGCCCGCGCCCUCUGCGCCACCCCCCGCGCUCCCCCCCGCUGGACAGCUCCGAGACCUGGAACAACCUCUUCACCAUGUGCAAGGACGCGAGGGCGCGAGACAGAGACCACGAGACGCGGCUGAUCCCCAGGAUCCCGAGCGAGAAUUUGAAAGAUGGGAGAAUGUGCUGUGGGAACGUCAAGAUCCUGGAGUACUACCUGAACCACAUCCUUCACCAGGUCACCGGCAACUACUCUCGGAUGGACCUGGUCAGGCAUGAGCUGCGCAGAGUGGCCAGAGACCUGAAGCCUCACUGCAGCUCCAACUUGGCUGGCGAUGAGCACUUUCAGAGCUUCACGGAGAACCUGCAGCUGGCUGGACAGAUGUACAAGAGUAACGCUACAGCCCACAACAAGGCAAUAGGAGAGACUGAUAUCCUCUUCCACUACCUCUACGAGACCUGCAAACCCCAGGCCUGA